CCCGCAAAUCACCAUCUCAUCUCCAACCUACCUACCUCCUACACUACGACCUCACCACCAUCACAACCACCACCAACCAAAAGAACCCAGCAAAAUGCUAAUAAUCGGCCUCACCGGCUCCAUCGCGACCGGCAAAUCCACCGUCUCCUCCCUCCUCUCCUCCGCCCCAUACCAACUCCCCAUAAUCGACACCGACCUAUUAGCCCGAAAAGUCGUCGAACCAGGAACCCCAGGCUACAAAGCCAUCGUCGAUUACUUUGGACCGACGACACCAGACCUGCUUCUCCCUCCACCCCCCAAUGAUCUCCCCACAAGCACAUCCUCCAGCAAAAGUCCAAACCGUCCACUCAACCGCCCCGCCCUCGGCCGCCGCAUCUUCGGCACCGACCCCUCACGCACCCGCGACCGCGAAGUCCUCAACAAGAUCGUGCACCCGGCCAUACGGCGCGAAAUCUACAAAUCCAUCUUAUAUUACUAUGUCCGGGGCCAUUGGGCGGUUGUGUUGGAUGUGCCGUUGCUGUUUGAGAGCGGGAUGGAUUUGAUGUGUGGGGUUGUGAUGGUUGUUGGGGUGAGGGAUGCGAGGGUGCAGAUGGAGAGGUUACGGGCGAGGGAUGCGCAUCUUUCGGAGACGGAGGCGGAGGAUCGGGUUAGGAGUCAGGGGGAUGUUAGUGGGAAGGUGGAACGGGCGGAGUGGAGGGGGGAGGGGAGGGGCGUGGUGGUUUGGAAUGAUGGGGAUAAGAGGGAUUUGGAGGGUGAGGUGAGGAGGGCGAUGGAGGGGAUUACUGUGGGGAGGUGGUGGACGUGGGUGUUGUGGAUGGUGCCGCCGGUGGCGGUUGUAGUGGCGGGGUGGAAUUUGGGGAGGAAUUUUUGGUUGAAGAAGGGGUGGGAGGGGAGGGAGAGGGAGAGGGGGAGGAAAGUGAAGUUGUGA